CUCUACAGCUGCGUGCACGGUCGGAUCCUGGUGAAAACCUUGCAAUCAUGACUUCGCGUUUCUGGCAGCGCUCCGACAGCGAGGAUGAGGACGAGGAGGCAACCACAGCCUCAGAGGAUGGCUCGGAUGACGACUCAUCCUCCUCUGACGACGAAGGGCAGCAGCAGAAGAAAGGUCCCAGCAGGUUCAUGAUUGGGUCCAGCGACUCUGACUCGGACGACGAUAAGCGCGUCGUGCGCAGCGCCAAGGACCGUCGCUUCGAUGAGCUCAAGGCCACCUGCGAAGAGAUGCGGAACAAGCUCAACAUCAACGAUUGGUCCUCGGUCCAGUCGCUGUUUGACAAGCUGAACAAGCAGAUGGAGAAGGCGCAGAAGGCCACUGAGACCCUGGGCGCCCCUCGCGUCUACAUCAAGAUGCUCGUUGAGUUGGAGGACCGGCUGAACGCGACGCUGGCAAACAAGGAGCUGACGAAGAAGAUGAGCGCCACGAACGCGAAAGCACUCAACACGAUGCGCCAGCGCGUGCGCAAGCACAACCCGGUGUUUGCUGAGCAGAUGGAGAAGUUCCGCGCGGCGCCUGAGUCCGAGGAGGAGGAGAGCGAGGACGAGAGCAGCAGCAGCAGCUCCAGCAGCGACUCCAAUGACGAGGGCGAAGGUGAGGAGGGCGAGGACGGCUUUGAGAAGGCCAAGAGUGCCAAGGAGAAGAAGAAGGACAAGCUGCUGACGAUGGACCCCAGGGAGAUCACAUUCGAGAUGGUCAGCAAGAAGCUGCAGGAGAUUGUUCUGUCUCGUGGCAAGAAGGGAAUUGACCGUCAGGACCAAGUUGACAUGCUCACCUACCUGGCCACCGUUGCUAAGGGCCCCUACCAGAAGGUGGAGGUGCUGGUUCACGUGGUGUCUGCGCUUUUCGACAUCAACCCCUCCAUGUCCACCCACAUGGCCCCUGCCCUCUGGCGCCGCUGCAUCGGCGUCCUCUUCGAGGUGCUGGAGCUGCUCGAGGCGCACCCGCACAUCGUCCUGGACGAGCACCACGAGGGCAACGACGAGGUCACAGAGGAGCCUGAGCCCGGCGUGGAGACCAAAGUAUGGGGCAACAUGGCUGCCUUCCUGGAACGCCUAGAUGACGAGCACUUCAAGAGCCUGCAGGUGAUCGACCCGCACACAAACCAGUACCUGGACAGGCUGAAGGACGAGCCGCUGUUCCUGGCGCUGGCGCAGAAGGUGUCCGACCACUUCACGCGCAUCAGCGACACCAAGGCGCUCGCGCGCGCGGCGCUGCGCCGCACCGAGCACUUCUAUUACAAGACCGACGCCGUCUACGACGCCAUGCGCAAGCUCGCCGUCGCGCAGCAGGAGGCCGCUAAUGUCGCAGAGAAUGGGGAUGAGAUCCCAGAGGAGGAUGAUGUGGUCAUCUCCAAGGACGCCGUUGUGGUGACUGUGCCUGCAGACUUCACACUGGCAGAGAGCUGCUCCGAGCUCAUGGAGCAGCUCGCCAUCGUCAUCUACAAGCAUGGUGAUGAGCGCACCAAGGCGCGCGCGAUGCUGUGCUCCAUCUUCUUCAAGGCCAUCCGCGACGAGUUCUACACCGCCCGCGACAUGAUGCUCAUGUCCCACCUCCAGGACAACGUGCAGCACAUGGACAUCAGCACGCAGAUCCUGUACAACCGCACAAUGGCGCAGCUUGGCCUCUGCGCCUUCCGCGCCGGCCUCAUCCCCGAUGCGCUGUCCGCUCUCUCCGAGCUCUGCGGCUCCGGCCGCGUCAAGGAGCUGCUCGCGCAGGGCAUGUCCAUCAGCAGGUACCAGGACAAGACGCCGGAGCAGGAGAAGCUGGAGAAGAAGCGGCAGAUGCCCUUCCACAUGCACAUCAACCUGGAGCUGCUCGAGUCCACCCACCUCAUCUGCGCUAUGCUGCAGGAGGUGCCGGUGCUGGCGGCGACGGGCGUGCAGACGCACCGCAAGCCGCUGUCCAAGACCUUCCGGCGGCUACUGGACAACUACGACAAGCAGACAUUCACCGGGCCGCCUGAGAACGUGCGCGACCACGUCAUGGCUUCUACCCAGGCGCUGAUGCGGGGGGACUGGCGCAAGGCGUACGACUACCUGGCGGGGCUUUCCUCCUGGAACCUGAUCCCAGCCAAGGAUGAUGUGCUCGCAAUGCUCAAGGCGAAGCUGCAACAGGAGGGGCUGCGCACUUACCUGCUCACCUACGGCGCCUUCUACCACUCGCUGUCGCAGGACCAGCUCUGCGACAUGUUCGACCUGUCCGAUAAGCAGGUGCACAGCGUGGUGUCGAAGAUGAUGAUGGAUGAGAUGCUGAGCGGCAGCUGGGACCAACCCACUCGCACCAUCGUCAUGCACGCCACCAACCCCACCCGCCUGCAGGCGUUGGCGGAGGGUUUCGCGGAGCGUGCGGCUGGGCUGGUGGAUCUGAACGAGCGGGCGCUGACACUGCGCACGGGCGGCCUGCGCGGAGAGGAGGACGACGCCGGCCCGCGCGGCCCCUACCAGGACGGCCAAUACAACAACAACCGCGGCGGGGGAAGAGGCGGCAGAGGCCGGGGCAUGGGCAGGCCAAUGCUGGGCGGAUUUGACAUGGGCGGCGGCGGCCGGGGCGGACGCGGCGGCAGAGGCGGCCGCGGCGGCCGGGGCGGCGGCUACAGUAAUAGCGGCUUCAGCGUGUUUGGCGGCGGCGACGCCAGAUUCCAGGGAGGAGACAGGUUCAGGCAGAAGUCGCAAUCGCAGCAGUAUGACCGGAUGACUCAGCUAGGCCGCGUGGCUGACAGGCGGCAGUGAGCCAUCACCAGUUGAUGAUUCGUAGCGGAGCCCAAAGUUUCUCAUUCCAUGAUCCUACAAUGACAGACUGCCAGCACUCCUUGCUGGCCUGGUUGUCGAGCAGACAUUUUGUACAUCUCAAAAUAUUCCUGCAAUUCAUGGUGUCAAUGGCCUCAGUAGGAAACACCACAUGCAUUUGACAUAGGUGUGGUGCAAUAUUGAUAAGGAGCGGUGCAAUUGCAAAUUUAGACGUGAAGCAGGUUGUGUUUGCGAGUAGUGUGGUGGCAUGGGGGCGACAAAUGGUAGGCUUCCCGGCUGUGCACUUGCAUGCACGCUUGAUUCAUUUUUCCGCUGUUUAGCGGGUUUCUAUGUCUCAGAGCCUCUGAGAUCUGAGAUCUAUCGUCCUGCCUUUCACAAGGUGUAAGAACAGUCCUGCAAACAUGCAUUGAGUGUCAGCAUGAGUAGGAGAAUCGCCGCUAGAGAAGAAUAGUGCACCUAUCAUCUUGUAAUCUUGUAACAAUCUUGACCGGC